GAGCAAUAGACUUUUGAGAUGCUGUGAAUAGAUCUGAGUGCAUAUUGUGAAGCAGUCCCCUCAUGCGCAAGGAGUCGAGGGCCAUGCCAUAUCAUUGCCAACGCUAGCGGGGGGUCAUUGGCGGGGCGGUCUUCGUUGCCGUGCGCAUACCUGUGACUCUUUUCCUACACCGAAGUCGUUGGGACUCUUACACAUUUAAAAUCCGUCGUCUCCAUUUCCCUUAAGCACCGACAUCCAUCCAUUUCUUUCUAUCGACCUCAACUUGCAACCACACGUAGGUGCGAGUAACGAAGUAGUCACACGAUCCUACACCCAAAAAAAACUCCAACACACUUCAACAUACACCAUGUCUUCAGCAGGACGUGGCCGCGGAGGCAAGUUCAACAAGGUCAAGCGUGGAGGUGGCAAGAAGUUCUCGCGAGACCUGCAGCCGCUGAAUGCGGAGGGCGAAGUCCAGGGCAUGUGGGGUGAGCAAGCAGAGAAGGUCGACGAAGAGUCCGAUGAAGAAUCUUCCGAGGAAGAGUCCAGCGAUGACGACAAGCCCGAGGCAGAGGAAAUGACCCGUGAGCAGCGCCGCGAAGCCGCCAAAGCACGCAAGCAAGCCGCGAUAGCGAAGAAGUCACAAAAGGUCGCAGAGCCCGGCGAUCUGCCCACCGACUCCGAAGACUCCGAAGACGACGACAUGCCCGCGAACCCGAACCACACUGCCAAAGCCCGCACGCAGGCCGCGAAGGCUCCCGUCGAUCCAGAGGCCGAGACCAAGCCCAAGCCCAAGGGCAAGCAGCAAGACGUCUCCCAACUGUCCCGCCGCGAGCGCGAGGCCUUCCAGGCGCAACAGGCCAAGGAGCGAUACGAAAAGUUACAUGCGGAGGGCAAGACGGACCAGGCGCGCUCAGAUCUCGAGCGGCUGGCAUUGGUCAAGGAGCGCCGUGAGGCUGAGUCGUCGCGCAAGAAGGCCGAGGCGGAGGAGCGCGCAGAGCUAGACAAGGAGAAGGCUGAGCUCAUGGAGCGUGAACGCAGGAGGAGGGAGCAAGCUAUGGGCAAGGCAAAUCGUCUGGCCAAGGGCGGAAAGAAGAAGGCCUAGGUUUACACGAGAGCUUUCAGGGACAUCUCGAGAGUCCGAUUCACCGGGCUGGCUGUCACGCAUUACUUCCAAGUCUCACACACAUGUGGAGUAAUGCUUGUCUUUCGCAUGGCCUGCGGAUGGAUUGGAUCGCCGAUGCUAGCUUCUUACGACUUGAUGAUGAGACCAGGUAGCAGAUGGUAUAUUAUAGCUUGCCAGACGCUUAGAUAUUCCAGGACAGCUAUGAUGAACCUUAUGGACAACUAUUACUUUCGCAUGUCUGAAGAAACAUACUCGAUGUCCCU